AUGCCAUAUCCAGCGCCGGCGACGCCAACAUUCGGCCAGUCUCCGGCCUCUGCCGAACGAUCUCCACCACUGUCCACCUACCCCAGCGAGGAGUUCAGGUGGUCGCCACAGCAUGGUAGCAAGCGGGUCAAGCUUAGUCCAGGUCGCGUAGCACUUCCCGGACACAGUGCUCCCACUUUCGCCGUCCCUCAGUAUCCCGCCACAUUCGAGCAGUCUCCAGGCUCAUCUCACCUCGGCUUGCAUAGCAUCAGCAGCAUCGUCAACACGCCAGCGACGCCGGGCUCGAGCAUUGCGUCCGGCUCACCGUACCCUCUGCAAGCGUCAGCGCUCGGCGUACACGAUCCACCAGACUUGCGCAGAUUGUCCGUCAAGUCGCUACUCUCGGACCCUUCGGAGGAGGUCGAGAAGCCUCGCAUUGUGAGAACCGAAAGCAAUAGGUACACGACGUACGGGUAUGACCAUGGCUUACCUGAUCUUGACGUGCCGAGAAACGAAGAUCUGAACGCCUUGAUGCCAAGGUCUCCCGAUAUGCGGCGGGCGAGCGCAGCUGUAUCUGAGGUCAGCUCCUCAAGUGGUGAGCCUGAUGCCAGGCUGAUCGCCUUCGAGCCAGGUGGCUACUACGCUGAGCCUGUGGCCGUGAAGAUCCCACGCUUCUUGGAACCCCUACCGGACGAGCUGCGAAACAACCCGAUGAACCUGCUGUACUUCCACCACUUCAUCAACCACACUGGCCGCAUCAUGGUACCGCACGACUGCCCGGAGAAUCCAUUUCGUGGCGUCUUACCGCUGAUGGCCACCCGUAACCAACACCUUCUGCACCUCGUGCUGACCUAUAGUGCAAGUCAUCGCGCAGGUCUGCUUGGUCACCCUGAACCAGCAAACCGCAUCGCCGCCUGGAUGACCGAUGUGCUGCCAGCGCUGAGACAGGCUCUCAGCGAGCCACAAUCGCCAUCUGCCGCUGAUCCCCGAGAUCCCUCAUCUCUCGCCCCCCUAGCAACGGCCAUCAUGCUCGCUUCGCUGGAGAUCGUCAGCCCGCACACUUUCGGCGUCUCAAUACCGUGGCAGAACCAUUUGCAAGUGGCGCGGCAAAUGAUCGUCGCCAAAGGCGGCCUCCACCACCUCGCACAAAAAGCAGACGGCGCUCGUGACAAGGCCAUCUUUUUUCUCAGCCGGUGGUUCGCCUACCUGGACGUCCUCGGCUCGUUGAGCGGUAGCAAGCAAGACCAGCCACUCUACGGCGCUUACCUCGAGGACGGCGGUGGCUUGUGGCUCGUCAAUCGCACCGAUGAGGAGAUCUACCAGAUCGACUGCUUCUUCGGCUUCUCUGGGAGAUGUAUAGCACUGCUCGCUCAAGUUGCCGAGCUGGCGGCGGAGUGCGAUAAGCAGCGCAUUGAUCCCAUCACGAACCAGGUCAAGGUAGGCUGGCUGCCGUCGGGAAAGGUUCGCCUUCAGGCGGAGGAGCUCAAGAAGCGCCUCGUCGCCAGCGCGUCUACUGUUUUCCGCGGCUGCACGCACUCGGAUCCGAAUAGCAAUCAUAUUGACGAGGAGAAGGACGAGCAAGAUAUCGCGGAGAUCUUCGCCACGAACGAAGCCUAUCACUGGGCUGGCCUCAUUCACCUCGCCAGACGAGUCCUAGCUCUCCCCUCCGCGGACGCAGAGGUCCAGACGAAUGUCCAACGCAUUUUAGCUUCGCUGGAGAAAGUGCGGAGAGGAAGCACCGCAGAGUCGUGUCUGCUGUUUCCCAUGUUCAGUGCGGGCUGUGAGGCGCUGACGGAGGGCGAGCGGCAGGUGUUUAUGGAUCGGCUGAAGGCGAUUGAGGGGUGGGGGUUGCAGCAUGUGGGUCGGGCGAGGAGUUUGAUGCAGCAGGUGUGGGAUACGGGCAAGCCUUGGGAGACGCUUGUUAAUGGUGAGUUCUUUGGGUAG